AUGAAUCCUAGGUUACGGAAUUGGUUAGAGGAGAGCCGACAGAGUCGGUUCCUGGCCGCAGUCGCCGGCGCCGGUGUCGGCAGCGGCAGCGGCGCGCCGCGCGGCGGCCCCCGGGCGGCCUCGCAGCCGCGCGGCGGCCCCCGGCCGGCCUCGCAGCCGCGCCGGCAGGCGCUGGACGGCGGCCAGCCGCCAAUCAAUCCCAAUUACAACAACACCUAUUUCUGCCCCAUGCCGGUGAUGGCGCAGACAGGGGCCACGCCGGUGCCGGACGACGGGACAGCUUACCCGUGGGUCGCGCGGGUCAUACACACGCGUUGGGACGGUGGCAGGGAGCCCAUGAUCUGCACGGCGGCCAUGAUUGGAUACAGAACAUUUAUAACUGCUGCAAGAUGUAUUGCCACAGCCAAACCUUAUUACACGAAACUACUCAUGAGGUCUAUUGUGCAACUACAAGCAUUAACGUUUGUGACGCCAUCUGCACCGACGAAACAAUUGUUCGACGACAUUGGCAUCAUCGUAACUUUUAACACAACUAGGGACGUCACUGGCGUCCUGCAACAGGCGCCGAAUGCCAGCUACCUGGUGAUACCGCAGAGCCCGCGCACCGCCGAGGGCUACUGGUUCCAGGACUGGGUCGCGGGCGCCACCUACAAGGUGGUAGGAUUCAUUGCGCAGGAAGACUCACCGUCGACCCAUAACCUGUACGAGCUUCGCAAAAUGUAUGGGAGCAACUCUCUCUGUAACCAAAUACUCCCGAUGGUGAACAACUCGAAGGAUUACUGGGCCGCGUGCGUCCACUCCUGCGACGCAGAACAACACUCCCGUAGCGACCCGGCAUGCCGCCGAUACUUGUUCGGGCUGGGGCACGUGGUGCUCGACAGCAGAGACCGACUAGUCGGCUUCGUCACGUGGACGUGCGGGAACGAGGCUCGGGACAUUGAAGGGAGAGGAGGUCGGCCGCUGCCUGUGGGGGUGGCGGUGCCUGACGCUCGCCUAAACCUAAAUCUGGAAUGUGCAGAUUUGUUGAGCUUAGGUACACUUCAUUUGUCUCCGCAGCAAGAGCAAAUAAAUCCGGGAUAUCUGCCUAGUUUAUGCAACUAA